AUGCCGGAUUCAGACGUCGCAGAGCCUUUCCCCUCCCUCUUAGUCGACUCACAGUCAGUCCAAUUUGAAAAUAGGUCCGCUCACCCAAACAUUCCUGACCUGAACAUCGAGCAACUAACUGAUCAUGAAUCCUUCGUAGAUGCGGUCAGCUACAAGCUUGACAAACUGGGUCGCCGGUUUUCCGACUCCCGGCCGGCAGGAUUCCACCGAGGUCGAACUGAUAAUACAAUAUGUGAUGAGCUGAUCAGAAGGAACGGACUGAUAGACAAACUGGAAUCGAGCCUUUUGCCUUCACUCAAAGACCACAUCUCUUCUCUCGCAUUCUUGCUUGACCUACGACAACUUGCCACUCAGCUUGACACAACCCUUGAUUUAAUAUCAGAACUCAUCCCCAAGAUUGAUGACAACCUGACGGAAACAACGUUUGCUGCCACUUCCAUAUGUGACCCGUUUGAACUAGACUACACCGAUGACUGGAGAUUCGGACGAUGCAAAGCAUUCCGAUGUCAACGCUUGAAUGGCAGAAUCAAAGCAAGCAUAGAAGGCCUACUUUCUCCAGCGCUCCGAAGCGCUGCGGAACUUAUGCAACUCUGGAAGCUCUCACGCAAUGAUCCAGAAGACUUAAUCAAUCAUCAACAACUGUCUGAAGAAAUAAACAGGACUGCAGAUAUCUGUUCUUGGUCACUCGAUCGGCCAAUUCGAUGGUCCACAAAAUCCGACUUGGCUUUCCUGCAGGAACGUUGGCUAGAAGCUGGAGCGCUCAAUGCUUCACUCGAAACUCUCGCGCGCCUAGCCAAUCCAAUGGCUUAUUUUAAAUACGACGAACAGGCUUCAUCCAACAAGGCACUAGAGAAGAUAAUGACUGCGAGGAGACAAUCUUUUUGA